UUUGAUGGGUCUAGUUCCAAUAUAAUAUAAUGUCAUACAUUUUAAAAAUUGAUUGUACAAAUAGAUAAGUGACAUAUCGGUUUUUGCUGUGCUCAGUGUGGGUUUGACUGGAAGCUAUAUACCAGCUAGAAGUGAACUCUCCUGGUUAAUGAAAGCAAUUGAAACUGAAGUUAUGACAGUGCUGAACAUCAAAGAACCACAAAAAGAAAACGAGACACAUUGUAAUGUUUUCAUAAAUUUAGACAGCUCAGAGGCUAAUAACAAUGAGAAUAAUGAAGACUCUACUGCUCAUCAUAAUGCAUCUAGGAGAGAAAACAUAUACUACAAUCCUAAAUUGGCAAAUUUAAUUAUAAAUCCAUAUUCACUAUACUUGCCUUUAUGGUCUGGUUUGUUGCUUCAAACAUAUACAGAGAAUCUUUGUUCACAAAGAAUGAGCAAUGGCCCUGUAGAAAAUUGGGUUUUUUUCAAGUAAAGCACAUUAUUCUUGCGGGGAACAAACAGCUAAAUCCUAGUGGAUUUAUUCACAAGGUAAGGGAACGUGUUAUGUCAAUUUAAAUAAAGAAAUAACUAUGAACAUACUCAAAGAAGGAUGUGCACAUGGUAAACGGAAACAUGAAGGUGACCCAGAAUUCAAUAAGAGACUAAAAUUUAAAAGCGAAUCUGCUCUUAAAUCUUGCAUUAAUUGGAAUGCCAUAGAUUGUCAUGAUAACAUGGAUAUUGUUGAGAAAAUGUGGCAAAGAUGAGAAAGAAGGCUAAAAACAUCCUUUAACUCACGAUAUAUUCAGCGUAUGGACCAGCAAGAGGUUGUCAUGUCUCAGUCACAAGUAGACACAAUUAAUAAAAGUUUUUUCAAAUGGUGUAAUUGAUGAUCUUGAUUUCUAUGUACCCUUGUAUAGUGAGGCCGACUAUCUUGUUGUAUCUUGGAAGGUCCAACAACAAGAAAAUAUUAUAUGUACAUAGAAGAUAUGCAAAUAUUGGAGAUAUGGAUUACUUCAGAUGUCAUUGCAGGAGACUGAAGACAUUUGGUUUCAUCAAGAUAGUGCACCCCCACAUUAUGGCCCAAAUGUGCGACAAUAUUUGGAGAAUAUUUUCCCAAGAAGGUGGAUAUUAUGAAGGAACUGUGGAAUGGCCAGCAAGAUCUAACCUCAAUACACUGAAAUGUUUCUUCUGGGGCCACAUGAAAAAUUUAGUCUACCAAACGAAGUCAAUUGAUGUCCACAGCUUACAAGUAACAAUUUUAGAAAAGGCUCAAUUAAUUUCUCGAGAGUCAAUUUCUAAUGCCUCAGCUUUUUACACACAGCUAGUUGAAGGUCAACAGUUAGAGCACUUAUUACAUUGAAGCAGGGAAGAGGUGGCUGUGGUGGGGAUGUCAUGGAGGGCCACAAGAUCACUCUGCAGUUCCUGCAAGACUUGGUGUCCCAGACUGAACAUGAUGUCACAAUCUUAUCUUUCAAGGUAACCGAAGCUGUAGGACGUGGAGACAACUACACCUCCAUAUUGUACCGUGUUAUGGCCAGUGGUACCAAAAUGACAGACGGUGGACCGAGUGAGUGGCAACGUUCUCUCAUUUACAAAAGGCUGCCAGACAGCCCCUCUCAUAGGGAAUUGUAUCGCUCAGAUGUGCUUUUCCAGAAUGAAGUUUCCUUCUACAAGGAAGCUUUUGCUUCCCUCAUCGAAUUUCAGAGUUCAACUGAAACUGAAGAGCCGUUUAGUGCAGUGCCAAAGUGUUUCAUGGCAGAACAAGAUGUUAUAGUGUUGGAGGAUCUUAAGGAAAGAGGCUUUGUGAUGGGCAACAGGAAGGCAGGACUUGACUUCCAACAUUGCGUAGCUGUCUUUAGAGAAAUUGCUCGGUUUCACGCCCUAUCACUCGCUAUGAAAUGUCAGGAUCCAGUGAAAUUCCAAGAACAAGUGGCUUCCAGUGUCCAGGAGACAUUCUUCACUGAGCAGAAUGAGGAAUACUACAGAGACUAUUACUCCACUGUCACACAGAAUGCUCUGGCUAUGGUAAAUUGUGGUCUUGAAGAUUCUGAGAAGUUGACUUAUUUAAAGAAGUUUGAAGAGUUCUUAGAUGAAAAGACAUUUUUUAAGACGAUGAUGAAGCAGGUGGAGCCAGUGGAACCAAUAGCAGUUCUUGUCCACGGAGACUUCUGGACCAACAACAUCAUGUUCCGAUACUCAGAGAGUGGAGAAAUUGAGGAAGUGUGUUUUGUGGACUUCCAAUGUGUGCGCUACGGCUCACCUGCACUGGACUUGGUCAACUUCUUGUACGCCUGCACAUCCCCCGGGUUGCGGGCCACACACCUGCAGUCCUUGCUGUCUGAGUAUUGCUCGGCUCUGAGUUACAGCCUGGCUGCGAUGGGCUGUGACACCGGCAGCCAGCCUUACUGCCUUUCUGACAACGUCCCUGCUAUAAUCCAGAAGGAGCUCCAGAUACACAGCCACUUUGGACUCGGGCUGGCCCUGGACAUGAUCCCCAUAUCUACGUGUGACUCUACUCUCGCUCCAGACCUCUACCAGACGGAGGCUGAUCAGGGGACAGUCACCCCCUUCUCUCAGUACAACCCCGAGUGCCAGCGACGCAUGACUGAACUGGUGCGGGAUCUGGUAGAUCGUGGGUACCUCUAACGAAGACAAUACUGAUGUAUCUGUUGAGCAGUUGUAACUGAUGAUGAGCAAUUUUUCAAUUUAGUCAUAUUCCCUAUCUUGCCAAUUUUAUUUAUUGUACAUACUCUGUAGUUAUAAUAAAAACAUUAGAGAUACAA